AUGCCUCCAAGAAAAAAGACCAGAAGCAACAACAUGACUUCCCAGGAUGGGCCAAGCCAUGCUGACUCAGAAUCACGGCAACAUGCCUCUUCUAAAGAAGAAGAACGUGCAAGUGAGGGAACUUUUAUCCUCACAGACCUUGUUGCAACCAUUCUUGCUAUGGGUGAGACCCAGAGGGAGAUGGCAGAGAUGAUAAAAGAACUCAAAAAUUCGGCUCCAAAGCCAAGUGAAGAAAAUGAGAAACACCCACAAGAGGAAUCUGCUGUUGCUGGAAAGGAGUCUGAACAAAAAGGACCAUCUUUUGUCACUCAAGAGGACGUUGUUGCCAUGUUGGAAAAGGAGCUAAGUCGUAGUCAGGAAGAUUGGAAGUAUCUUCCUCAGCCACUGUACCCAGCAAGCUUGCUCCAACAACCAUAUCCUAAAGGCUAUGAAGCACCAAAUUUUGUCCUCUUCGACGGAAGGAAGGGGAGCCCGAAGGAGCAUGUCAAUCGCUUCAUUGAUGCCUUGGGACCAUAUGCCGGUGAUCGUAAUCUCCGACUUAGAGAAUUUUCAAGGAGUCUCACCGAUCGUGCUUACACAUGGUAUACGACAUUGGCACCAGGCUCUAUUCACUCUUGGGAAAGCUUGGCAAGCAGGUUUUGUAAGAAGUAUUUUCAGCAUGAAGAACGAGUCACCACCACUCAACUCAACAACACUCGUCAAAAGCAUGGUGAGGAUCCCGUGGACUUUAUGCGUAGGUUCCGGGACUUGGCAUUGGAUUGCUACGAUGAGAAGGAUGAGGAGGCGCUUGUUGAAAUCUGCAUCAGCAAUAUCGUGGCAGAUUAUAGAGUUUAUUUGGAGAAUAUUGGCAUUAGUCAAUUUUCUCGACUACUGGAAGCUGUAAGGAAGACAAGCAUGUUCGUCAAGCCAACAGGACAAAAGACUUGGAGGAAUGAGAAGAAGGAAACGCAUUAG